UUGAUCACGCAUCUUAAAAUCGUAAAAGGGAUGAAUCCACGUGAUUUACUGUUAAUAAAACCGAGUGCACCGGAGCACAAUCACCAUACUCCUCGAUCGCCUACAAGUUGCAACAGUGAGACCUUUAAGACUUCCAGAGUCCAGAGCUACCUACUUGCUGCACUACAGUUAAAAUGUCAAAGACAACAGCCGACCAUCUCUUUGCUUCGGACGACGAUGAAGUUGAAGCGGUUAGAAAACCAGAGAAUACGAAGAAACGUGGGAAAUCUUCUGCGGCUAGUGAGUCGAGCUCAUCAAAGAAGAGUAAGCCCAGCGGUCGCAGUAUGCCAAGCAUCAGCCCAGUACCUGUCCACAAAAAACCAACAGCUCGGGAACUAUUCGGUACUGACAGCGAGGAUGAGACUGAGGAACCCAGUUCAUCUGGUAAUAAGAAAUUCACACCACUCUAUUCUUACUUGACUAGGCGCGUGGCGAAUGGUCUAGCUCGACAAGCAGACGAAGAUAAAAAAGGAUCACAUUAUAUUGAGAUGAAAAUAUAUAAGUGUGACGAAGUCGAGAAGGUGUCCGCCAUCAAUCGAUGGAGGCAUGCUAUCGUCACUAUAAAAAAUAGAACUGAUGACGAUACUGAUGCUUGGCAGCAUCUGUCAAAAUAUAUUAGCGCAACGCGCAAAGAAUUUAAAAAUUGUCCGCCUACAUUCAUAGGCUCCUAUUUUUAAAAUACUUUCCUUUCGCGCGUUUUGUUUUUCUAUUCUUCUAAUUUUUCAUUGUACUUACUGAAAGUUAAAUAUUA